AGAAAGAAACGGUCUCGUCCUUAGCUCCUCCUCCUCAAAGCCUUGAACACCACCCAUCUUUCUCUCCCUCGCAUAACUGCCCCAACCGCCCUUCUUUAACCCUCAUUUUAGUCCAUCUCUCUCGUCAAUCGCUCCCCUUUUCUCUUUCGUAUUCUUCUUCCCUCGUCAUCAUCGUCAUCAUCGUCAUCAUCGUUUCCGAAUACCUGGAAAAGAAAAGAAAGAAGAACAAAGAGCAAGGAGACGCCAUGCCUGCCACGGAGUACCAGGGCUCCUUCCUGGGCCGCAUCAGCAUCCGCCGCAGCCAGGUCGUCUCCAUGGACGGCCACCACGAGCAGGAGCUCGAGGACCUCGACCUCUUCCAGCGCAACAUCGCCGACCGCUUCUCCGAGCUCCUCCCCUCCCCUCCUCCUCCUCCUCCUCCCCCCGACGGCGGUGAUGGCGACUCCUCUGCCUCCGCCUCCGCCGACGUCACCUUCCUCUCCGUCGCCUGGCUCCGGAAGCUCCUUGACGUCUUCCUCUGCUGCGAGGCGGAGUUCAAGGCCUUCCUCAUCAUGGGCCGCGAGCGCGACCCUUCCGUCAUCACCAAGCCCCCCCUCGACCGCCUCCUCCCCGAGCUCCUCGACCGCGCCGUCAAGGCCCUUGAUGUGUGCAACGCGGUCAUGAACGGUGUCGAUGCCGUCAGGCACUGUCAGAAGCUCUCGGAGAUCGCGGUCGCCGCCCUCGAGCAGCAGCCGAUUGGAGAGGGCCAGGCCCGGCGGGCGAAGAAGGCGCUCGGAUCGAUGAUGGCCGUGCUGGCCGCCGAGGAUAAGGAGAGCAGCAGCCAUAGGUCAACGGAGAGGACUUGGUCUUUCGGGCGGAGAGGCGGCAGCGCCGGCACGAAUAAGGAUCGAUCGGCAGCUGCGCAGUUCCGGACGCUCUCCUGGGGCGUGUCGAAGAAUUGGUCCGCAUCGAAGCAAAUUCAAGCCAUGUCAGCGAACCUGGUGGUGCCGCGAGGUGCAGAGGCAUCCGGGCUCGCCCUGCCGGUGUACAUCAUGGGCGCAAUCACAGUGUUUGUGAUGUCGGCACUGGUGGCGGCAAUCCCGUGCCAGGAGAGGAGUGGGUUGGCGAUGCACCUGCAGGUGCCGAAGCAGUUCGCGUGGGCGCAGUCGAUGACCGCACUGCAGGAGAAGAUCGGGGAGGAGUGGAAGAGGAAGGAGAAGCGGGGGACGGCAGGGCUGAUGGAGGAGGUGCAGCGGAUGGAGCGGCUGGGGCAGGCGCUGGCCGAGUUCGCGGACUCAUUCCAGUUCCCAUCUGAAGGGGAGCGGACCGAGGAGGCGGCGGCGAGGGCGGCGGAGCUGGCGGAGACAUGCCGGAGGAUGGAGGAGGGGCUGGUGCCGCUGCAGAUGCAGAUCAGGGAGGUGUUCCACAGGAUUGUGAGGAGCAGGAGCGAGGUGCUUGAUGUGUUGGUCCAGGCUGGUAAAUUGUCUGCUCCCACCAUGUAAAAGGUUGUCUUGUGGCCAAGGUUUUCAUUAACUUCUUUAGGGGAUUAAACCCAAAUUAAUUGGUGGUAAUUAGGUGCAGUUUUGUUGCAAGUGGCAUGGUGUUGUUGAGCUGAGGGAGGAUAAAUUUUUAGGCCAUUUUUAGGAGGUUAGAGGACAUAUGGUUUCACCUUUCAAAAGCUGUAAGAUGCGGUGCAAGCAAGUCUGAAAGUGUUCAUUUUCUAUGCGUUUUCUUGUGUUGAGGAUCAUCUCUUUGGUGUGUAGAAGUUUGUCAUCGUGAAAUACAAAAUGUACAUAUUCUGAUUAUGACCAGUGCCUAUGGUGUCCAUAGACAUGUGAUUAAAUUUUUCCCCCA